AGGAAAGCAUGAACAAUUCUACCAGACGAGGUCUUGUGAAUUGGUAUUCUACAAGUCCAAGGGAAGCUCCUGCUACAAAUUAUGAUGUCUGGGCAGGCCCGCUUAAUUCAUGGGGACAAUCUCGGGACAGAAUCACAACUACUGGGUCCUCUGCCUUAGUACCCGCCAGCCUUUCAGGACAAGCUCUCUCGGCGGGGCCCAGACAAAUGAGCCAGCUGGUUUCCCCUCAAACUCCAGGAUUCACAGGGCAACGGAAUUCGCAGGAGAACUCCAGAUUAAUGAAGCGUGAUGAUCGUCAGAAAAAGUUCAGGAAAGAAAUAUACAAUCCUACCCCGAAGAGGAUAACAAGGAGGCUUAGCUUGUAUUACAGAGACAAUAAUGCGAAGAAGAACAACUUGAAUCAUGAAGCGGCGAAAGGGAAAGAGAAUGCAGAGGAUGAGGAAGAUAAUAAGAGGUGUCCCAUUUGCUGGGAGGAUUUUGAGGAAAGAGAGGAGGUGACGCUAACCCCAUGCAAUCACAUGUUCCAUGAGGGCUGCAUCAUGGCUUGGGUCAACACCAAUAGUCACUGCCCACUGUGUCGCUAUGCUUUUAGCGACCAAAUGAAAGAAACUACCCCAAACCUAAACAACAACAACAACAACAUAUCAUAUGCGGCAACCACUGGAAUUACUGCAGCAGACCUAAUUUAUAUAAUAACUGCAAUGGACGAAGCUCUUCAAUGGGGCUAAUUAACAUGUGUACGUUUGAUCUCAAAUACUAUCUAUGGCCGGUAUGGAAUGGAAUAAUAUUCCAAUGAAUAUGCUCGAUGAACUAUACAAUGGAAUGGAAACACACGAUUACAAGGAUCAAUUUAAGUGCUUCAUUUUAUCUGACUAAUUCCAGGUACCCAUGCCUCCCAAAUUAAAUUAUGGUUGGAAUUUGCAUA